AUGGCUCCCGCUAUUGGUAUCGAUCUCGGAACGACCUACAGCUGUGUAGGUAUCUUCCGAGAUGAUCGUUGCGACAUCAUUGCCAACGACCAGGGUAACCGUACCACUCCCUCUUAUGUCGCUUUCACCGACACUGAGCGUCUCAUCGGAGACGCGGCGAAGAACCAGGUCGCCAUGAACCCCAAGAACACAGUCUUCGACGCCAAGCGUCUAAUUGGCCGCAAGUUCCAGGACGCCGAGGUCCAGGCUGACAUGAAGCACUUCUCCUUCACCGUCAAGGGCGACCAGGGCGGUAAGCCCGUCGUUGAGGUCGAGUUCAAGGGCGAGACCAAGCAGUUCACUCCUGAGGAAAUCUCUGCCAUGAUCCUCACCAAGAUGCGAGAGACUGCCGAGAGCUACCUCGGUACCACUGUCAGCCAGGCUGUCAUCACCGUGCCCGCCUACUUCAACGACUCUCAGCGUCAGGCCACCAAGGACUCUGGUCUUAUUGCUGGUCUCAACGUUCUCCGUAUCAUCAACGAGCCCACUGCUGCCGCCAUCGCCUACGGUCUCGACAAGAAGCACGAAGGUGAACGCAACGUCCUCAUUUUCGAUCUCGGUGGUGGUACUUUCGAUGUCUCCCUCCUCACCAUUGAGGAUGGCAUCUUCGAGGUCAAGGCUACUGCUGGUGACACCCAUCUUGGUGGUGAGGACAUGGACAACCGUCUCGUCCAGCACUUCAUCAACGAACCUCGAUCGAAAUCGACUCUCUUCGAGGGUAUCGACUUCUACACCUCCAUCACUCGUGCCCGUUUCGAGGAGCUCUGCCAGGAUCUUUUCCGCUCCACCCUCCAGCCCGUCGACCGCGUCCUUACCGAUUCCAAGAUCGACAAGGCCAACGUCCACGACAUUGUCCUCGUCGGUGGUUCCACCCGUAUUCCCCGCGUCCAGAAGCUCAUCUCGGACUACUUCAACGGCAAGGAGCCCAACAGGUCCAUCAACCCCGAUGAGGCCGUUGCCUACGGUGCCGCCGUCCAGGCUGCCAUUCUCUCUGGUGACACCUCCAACAAGACCACCAACGAGAUCCUGCUCCUCGAUGUCGCCCCGCUCUCCGUCGGUAUCGAGACUGCUGGUGGCAUGAUGACCAAGCUCAUUCCCCGCAACACCACCAUCCCCACCAAGAAGUCGGAGAUCUUCUCCACUUUCUCGGACAACCAGCCUGGUGUGCUUAUCCAGGUGUACGAGGCUUACCGGUAUUCCCCCGCUCCCCGUGGUGUUCCCCAGAUCGAGGUUACCUUCGAUGUCGAUGCUUCCGGUAUCAUGAACGUCUCCGCCGUUGAGAAGGGCACCGGCAAGUCCAACAAGAUUGUCAUCACCAACGACAAGGGCCGUCUUUCCAAGGAAGACAUCGAGCGCAUGCUUUCUGAGGCCGAGAAGUACAAGGACGAGGAUGAGGCCGAGGGCCGCCGCGUCGCUGCCAAGAACGGUCUCGAGUCGUACGCCUACUCUCUCCGCAACACUCUCGGCGACGAGAAGGUUGACGAGAAGCUCGAUGCUAGCGACAAGGAGAAGCUCAAGGCCGAGAUUGACAAGAUUGUCGCUUGGCUCGACGACAACCAGCAGGCUACUCGCGAGGAGUACGAGGAGCGCCAGAAGGAGCUCGAGGGUGUUGCCAACCCCAUCAUGAUGAAGUUCUACGGUGCUGGUGGCGCUGGUGGCAUGCCCGGUGGCAUGCCCGGCGGCCCUGGCGGUCCUGGCGGCUUCCUGGCGCUGGUGGCCCCGCCGGCGGUGCCUCGCACGACGAUGGCCCCACCGUCGAGGAGGUUGACUAAAUGCACCUCGUAG